GCAGGGACUGUGAUUGAGAUUCAAGCAGAAAGAUACAGAGCUCAGUUUAUAGAUUCACCUGGAGUGGAGCAGUCAGUCCACAGAUUCGUUUGGAGAAGAGUGCCCCAUAUCACAUAUAUACACUUGAAGUGGAUUGACCCACAGAUAUACCUGGAAUUGGCAGCCCUUAGACCAGAAACACACCUGGAGGGGGGAAUCCUCAGAUACACCUUUACUGGAGCAACCUACAUCUUCCCACAUUCAGAUGGAGUAACCCUCAGAUACACCUAUUGUGCAGUGGAACAACCCUGAGUUUACAACUACACCUGGAGGAAAUCAUCUAUUUAAAGCUCUAAAUAGGUGAUUAAACCUCAGCUUAAAUCUGCUGAAAACAAUCUUGGAUUUCUCUGCUUUUUAUUAUUCUGCACAGCUUUUCUUACAAAUACAGAACUGCAAUUUCUCUAAAGUGCUUACCUGACCUUUCUCUCUACACAAGACUGUUUGCCCUACAGCACAGUUCCAAAGCAAAUCACAUUGUGUUUGUGCAGUUUAACUAGUGAGUCACCUUUUUGGAAGCAGGGAUAUCCCAGCCACAGGGGACAUAUCAAAGAAAGGAGAGUCCUUUUAGGGCAAUGUCUGCUAAACAGGCUGAGUCCUUGAGUAUCUGCUCUAAUUACCAGGCGGUCAUGCCACACUACACUGGUGUAAGUGAAGAAUAUCCACAACCUCUCCAAGCCAGGCCACUGAGAGGCAAAGGUAAACUGAAGAGGCCAAGGCAAAGCAGGUUUAAGACUCAACCAGUCACCUUUGAUGAAAUCCAGGAGGUGGAGGAGGAGGGGGUGUCUCCAACUGAUGAAGAAAAGGCCAGGAAAUCUUUCCUACAGUCCCUGGAGUCCCUAAGGAGAAGCUCAAGCAACAUGCACUUCCAGAGAGAGAAGCUUGUUAGCUGCAAACUAAGGCACAGUCUGGACUCCAGUGACUCAGACUCUGCACAGUGACCUUCCAGGGAAUGGUGCACUAAAUUCUAGGACUGCAUGUCCUGAGGCACUCUGUGACCAUGAGUUAGUUACACCACAGUCCUAAGGCUGCUGGUUUAAAGGCAUAGACUGAUGCGCUGUAACCAGACGGUAAUUGACCCUCAUUAUACCUGUCAGUCUAAAAACCCCAAAUGCAAGGAGAGUCUAGACUUUUGAAGCUAUGACCCUGUGACUACCAGAGGCUGACUAGCCAAACAAAGAGAGGGUGGAACAUAAUCAAUUUAGAAUGAGGAGUAAAUAACUCUAUUGCCCUUCAACUCCCUACAAUACUGAAAUGGAUGGAAAGGGGCCCCAUUGCCUGGAAUGUUGCUGCAGAAUGAAACGCCUGUUUUGCCAUAUGUACUGUUUAUUUGUAUGAAGAAAGCUGGGAAUUGCAAUCUAAACAUUGUAGCUCUCAUUUGCAGAAGGUGAAUAGAUAUGUAAUCUGUACAUCUGCUAGUAAGUGACUUGCUAUGGUCCUGUAUCACUAGAUUAUGGUCUAAACAAGUUUUUGUUGCUUUGCAAAUGGGGUUGGGUAAAUGACACUGCUUAAGAUCCCCUGUGGAAGCUUAAAUGUUCCCCUUUACUGCCCCCUUCCUACCAAAUACAAAGAGCUUGUUGGUGAUCUUUGGUGUUGGGGACCUUCAGAAUAUUUAAUAUGAAAAAAUAUAUAUAUUUCACAUAGCAAAAGAUAAAAUUAUUUGACCCCUUUGUUUGCUGGAUAAGUUUUCAAUAAACAUAACCUCACAAAAUACAAUUCUGUACAGCAGAGAAGGGGUUAAGCUUAUUUUUGUAUCUAUGAACCUUGUGAUUGAACAAAUGUAUAAAUAUUUAUUUUUGCACUCACUGCUGUCUGUCUCUUUAUAUUUUCCCCCCAUUAAUCUAUUUUAAAUAAACACACUUGCAAAGUU